AUGGCGGCCAAGAUCUACAUUGUGUACUACUCCACCUAUGGCCAUGUGGCCAAGCUAGCAGAUGAGAUUCUGAAGGGCGUGUCGUCCGUCGAAGGUGUCGAGGUCAAGCUAUGGCAGGUCCCGGAGACUCUUUCUGACGAAGCACUCGCAAAGAUGGGCGCUCCUGCGAAGAGGGAUGACGUGCCGGUCAUCUCGCCCGCAGAGCUCGCCGACGCCGACGGCCUCAUCUUCGGGUUCCCCACUAGAUUCGGCAUGAUGCCCACGCAGUUCAAGGCGUUCAUGGACGGCACCAGUGAGCUGUGGUGCCUGCAGCGGCUCGCCGGCAAGCCUGCCGCAUUGUUCUUCUCCUCCGGUUGCCAGGGCGGUGGCCAAGAAACCACCGCGUUGACGGCCAUUACUCAGCUGGUGCACCAUGGCAUGCUCUUUGUUCCGGUCGGGUACACGUUUGGCGCAGGCAUGUUUGAGAUGGGGCAGGUGAAGGGUGGCAGCCCGUAUGGGUUUGGCACCAUUGCUGGGGAUGGAUCACGAGUUCCCACUGAGCUUGAGCUGCAACAGGCCUUCCACCAAGGGAAAUACUUUGCGGGGAUCGCAAAGAAGCUCAAGGGUUCUCCAGGAUCCACGGCCACCAAGAUCGUGUCGACAUGA